AUGCCGGAACAAAAGCCAGUCACUGUCACCAAGUCCGAGAAUCUACAGACCUCAGGCGGACAGACUGGGGGAAUAAUACGGCAGAACGCUCUGGUCAACCUGACGAACAAUAUCUGCGCCUCACGAAUGAUUGCCAAGCCUCAUUCAGCUUCUGCUAUUCAUCAUCACGGUGAUCAAGAUACCGUCGUCUUCGCUUUCAGCGGCCACGGCACAAUCGUGAGUGAUGGUGGCAAGAAACGCGAGAAUCUUGCACCUGGCGACUUUGCUUUGAUUCCUGCUUUCGCUGAGCAUCAGGAGGUCAACGAUGGGGAUGAGGACGUUGUGUGGUGUAUAGUACGAGGUCCUGGCCCGCAACCAAAGGUUGUGAAUAUUGAUGACUGGGGCAAGUCGUGA